GUCCAGCGCGUCGCGCCCGACUUGCUGGGUCUUGUCAGUGGAAACAAAAGUUGAAGUCGGUCGGUGCUGGCGCAGUCUCGCAACGCCGACGCUGUUUGAUUCCGUGAACCCGCCAAGUUGACAGAGCACAUAUACCCCAACCACUCGUCGCGCGCCGCUCUUUGAUCCGGAGCUCUCGAGCAGUUUGCAAUCUCUCCCUUCAGCUCUUCUCGACUCAAUCACAGGCCAUCGUCUGCCUCCUUUGCGUGUCUGUCUGGGUCACAAUGUCUUUCACCUUCGGCGGAACCCCGAGCUCCAGCGCGGCUGGAGCACCAGCGACUACCGCGCCAUCCUCCGGCGGUCUGUUUGGCGGCGCUUCUGGCAAUACGUUCAGCUUCGCAAAACCGGCGACACCUACUACGGGAGGAACUCCUACUCAGCCUAGCGGUGGACUCUUUGGCGCUUCGAGCACAUCAAACGCGGCAGCGAAACCCGGCGGUCUUUUUGGCGGUGCAUCCGCAAAUAUGUCAUCAGGAUCAUCAACCCCAACUGGAGGCGGCCUUUUUGGUGGUGCGGGCGGCACCGCUGGUGGUGGCGGCAUGUUUGGAGCCGCUGCGAAGCCUGCCCAGCCCGCCGGUGGUGGUCUUUUCGGCAACCCGGCGGCAGCACCUCCAGCCUCGUCCGCCACUGCGGCCCCGUCUCUGUUCGGCUCUACUGCUCAAGCGAUGGGCUCCUCACUGGCGCCGCCUUCCAGCAGCCUCUUCGGCGGCGCAUCCUCAACGCCGGCCAAGCCAACCAUGUCGAUGCCCUCAACUACACCGGCCGGUGCCCCUCCGGCAGCCUCGAAGCCCGGCCCCAGUUUGUUUGGCGGUGCUGCUUCCCAGAUAACUGGGGCUAGCUCCCUCUUUGGCCAAGCAAAGCCGGCUGCGACCACUGCCAGCACAACACCGGCUGCCAAUGCUACAGCCGCGCAGCCCUCAGCCUUGGGCGGCGGCCUUGGUGGUGGCCUCUUUGGAAACACGGCUCAGAAGAGCACGACAGGAGGUGGUUUGUUCGGAACUGCUGCUACUACGGGGGCCUCAUCUGCUGCUUCCUCUGGUCUCUUUGGUGCUAAGCCGACGACCUCUACACCCGCCGCCCCAGGCUUGCUUGGAGCUGCAAGCAACGCCGCCCCGUCGUCGCAAGCCCCAGGCGCGUCGGGACUGUUCGGCGCUAGCUCAGCACCAAGCGCUUCUGCGACGGCUGCCCCCGCCGCUGCCUCAAGUCUAUUCGGUGCUGCAGCCGCCACAUCCAAGCCAGCUGCCACUGCCGCAUCCACAGCGCCUGCGAUUUCGACUCCCGCCUCGACCUCUUCGUUGUUUGGGGCGCCGCCUGCGGGAACAACAGCGGCCGCUACUCCGGCUACGACCGCCGCAACAACUGGAAGCUCACUUUUCCCAUCUGCGGCAACGACUGCCGCAUCGACUGCCGCCCCUACGACUACACCAGCACCAGCGACUGGCGGCCUCUUUGGCUCAAUGAAACCCGCCACGGCUACGCCUGCUGCCGCGGCUCCUGGCGCAGCUACCGCUCCUUCAGGCCAAGCUGGACCCGCAAACUUGAGUAACUCGACAAUGGGCCCGGCGUCUCAGCUUCCGCGACUCAAGAACAAGACCAUGGACGAGAUCAUGACUAGGUGGGCGACUGAUCUCAGCAAAUACCAGAAGGAAUUCAAGGAGCAGGCCUCCAAGGUAGCCACUUGGGACCGGCUGCUAGUUGAGAACGGAGAGAAGAUCCAAAAGCUGUACCUUGAGACAUACGAGGCGGAGCGUGCCAGCAAUGAGAUCGAACGCCAGCUUCAGUCGGUCGAAAGCCAGCAGGAUGAGCUGUCCUCGUGGCUUGACCGGUACGAGCAGGAGGUGAACGACAUGUUUUCUCGCCAGGUCGGCCAGAGCGAGCAGCUUGCCGGUCCUGACCAGGAUCGCGAGCGCACAUACAAGCUUGCCGAACGGCUGACAGACCGGCUCGAUGAGAUGGGCAAGGACUUGGGCAAGAUGAUCAAGGAGAUUAACGACAUAUCCGGCACUAUCAGCAAGGGCAGCAAGCCUGACGAUCCGCUAGCCCAGAUCGUCCGCGUACUCAAUGGGCAUCUUAGUCAAUUGCAAUGGAUCGACACCAACGCCUCUGCCCUCCAAGCCAAGGUUACGGCAGCGCAAAAGGCCGGAAACACAGCCGGCGGCCAGUAUGGAAGUACUGAUGGCGACGCGGCCGACAGCUUUUAUCGCUCUUUCAUGGGGCGGCGAUGAAAAUCCGACUCGCCUUGUUGAUGUGAACGGGGCGUGGUCAAGGUACUGGUGCUGGAUGAGAACAGAACCCGACUACAUCUCAGAUGUGAUCCAGCGCGGUUUUCAGGCUGUGAGCUUGGUGACAUGAACACCAUAUCUGUUCGUCUUUGUUUCUGAGUUGUAAUACCAGACGGGGCGUGUUUAGGACAUCAGGGGAAUGAGAACCAAAAAAAAAAAACAAGAAUAAUCAAAUGGGAUGGUCGAUGGAUACACGUGGAUUAUGUACAAACAAACUACCGAAGCAGACAGAUGCUUGGACUGCUAGAGAGGAGCAAUAUCUCACAGCGAUAGACUGCUGUCAGGAUAUAUUUCUGAACAGAGGCACUGGUACACGUGGCA